AUGUCUCCGCGGCCACUCACCCCGACCGCUGCCUACACGCUCGCCCAUACAGCGCAGUGCAAGCUCAAGCAUGCCGCCAACCGACCGGAUCGAAAUUUGCGGUUCGUUCUUGGUCAUGCAUUUACUCUGGACAAUCUCAUGGUGCGAAUUGUCGAGAUCGAGAACCAGAGUGCCAAGUCUGCUUUUCAGGAGGGUAAUAAGUCUCCCAGCGAUCACGGAGACGACCACUAUGAUUGCACAGCUACAGAGCCGGUUCGCACGGAUUCUCAUCGCGAUGGUGCCCAGACCAUCACGGAAUCAAAGCCUCAGCCCAAGUCUGAACUUGAAACCUACGAUGGCUCUCAGCCACCACCGACGCCAGCCGAGCCAGAGCCAUCUGGCCGUGGUCGCAGGAUAAGUUUUCAGGACAACCAUGCACGCCCAUCCAGGACUGCUGUAGUUGGGUCCAAUAACAACGGUUCCAAAUCCAGCUCUUCCGGACGGAAGCGUUCUCCUAUACCUCUGGUGGCCGAGCACACAUACGUUGACGACCUCGGGUCCGACGACACUACUUCUUCCGACGACUACGACGAUCCCGAGACCAUCAAGUACCAGUAUAAUAGUGAAGGUGUGGAGGAAUCCGAGGAACCUCAGCCUCCUCGACGACGCCCUAUCCACGACCCUUACUCGGAUGAAGAGGAUGCGGCUCUGGAGCUGGCGGACGACGAGCUCGACGACUCAGCCGUCGAGAGUGGCAUAGAUGGGGGCGCAGACGUGGACGUGGACGCGGACGCAGGCGGAGACGGCCUUGAUCUCCGACGCUUCGACUCCGCAUCUACCCAGCCGCCACGCAGAGUCCGGUCAAGGUCAUCAUCCUCCUCCUCAUCCUCCUCUUCCUCCUCAGAAGACGAGAACGAGCCGGUGUCGCCGCCCCAACUGCCGAUAGAUAUCGACGUCAAGGAGCUCGUGCAGGGCGAGAAGGACGCCGAACUGACGGACCUAUACGAGUCCGUGAGACGGUGUCGAUGUCAUGGCCAGCGAGACAUGGUGGGCGGGCCCCCAGCAGGGAUUUGGGGUGUGCCUGUCGAGAAGACGGGCGGGAAGCGCUUGGCCGUUGUUACGCUGGCUGCCUAG